ACGUCAACCUACGUGCGCUGCCUUAGCUACGGGCUCAUGAGGCGGCUGGCGGACUUCAUCGAUCCGCAGGAUGGGUGGAAGAAAUUGGCAGUUGAUAUAACCGAUCCCUCCGGUGAAAGCAGAUACAACCAAAUGCACAUAAGGUCCUAUAUAGAAGUCACGUAACACUAAUGACGUAACAUAAAUAUCUCUGUCCACCCCACACCUCUGUCCAUCCCAUUACUGUAACUUGUUGCAGUUUGUGUGCCGGCAGGUACUUAAGAACUCAUCUUACAGUACCGUUCCCUUGGGGAACUCAAGUCCCAUGUGCUGAUACAUUAUGGGUCCUGGACAAAAUGUUGAAGCCAGGAGAUUUGAGGCAUUUGUGCAAAUGGGAAAGAGCCCCACCUGUGAAUUACUUUAUGACUGGGGAACAACAAACUGUACAGUUGGUGAUCUUGUGGAUCUGCUGAUUAGGAAUCAGUUCCUAGCACCAGCAAGACUUUUGCUUCCAGAAGCUGUAAGGAUGGCACAAGAAGUUACAUUACCUCUUUCUUCACAGGAAACCUUGCCUAUACAUGAGAAACAACUGCCUAUACAGGAAAAAGAAGUAGCGUCUGGAAAGCCUGCUUUAGCUCAGAGUACUGAGAAGCAACAUUUGGCUCCUUCCUACUUAAGUCAAGAAAAUAGCAGCUCACAGUCCAGUAACACAGAUUUCCAUAAUUUUUUGUUUCAUGACUUGGAAAGUAUUACAAAUAAUUUUGAUGCGCGACCAGAGUCAGAUGGAGGUCACAAACUGGGCGAAGGUGGCUUUGGCAUUGUGUUCAAAGGCUACAUCAAUGGCAGAAACGUGGCUGUCAAGAAGCUCGUUGCUAUGGUUAAUGUUAGCGUUCAGGACUUGAAACAGCAAUUUGAUCAAGAAAUAAAAAUGAUGGCAAAGUGUCAGCAUGAGAAUCUAGUAGAAUUACUUGGUUUCUCAAGUGAUGGUGCUCAGCCAUGUCUGGUGUAUGAAUACAUGCCCAACGGUUCAUUGCUUGACAGACUUGCUUGUCUGGAUGACACUCCACCAAUUUCUUGGAAUACAAGAUGUAAAAUUGUUCAAGGUACAGCAAAUGGCAUCAACUUUUUGCAUGAAAAUAAUCAUAUUCACAGAGAUAUUAAAAGUGCAAAUAUCUUAUUAACUGAUACGUAUAUGCCCAAAAUUUCUGACUUUGGACUUGCAAGAGCAUCUGUAACCUUCACACAAACCAUCAUGACCGAAAGAAUUGUUGGAACAGCAGCCUAUAUGGCACCUGAAGCUCUGCGAGGAGAGAUAACACCUAAAUCUGAUAUCUUCAGUUUUGGAGUAGUCUUACUAGAAAUAAUAACGGGUCUUCCUCCAGUAGAUGAAAACAGGGAGCCACAGUUACUGUUAAGUAUCAAAGAUGAAAUUGAGGAUGAGGAAGCAACUAUUGAGGAUUAUGUUGAUGGGAAGAUGAGUGACUGGGAUGCACCUUCAGUUCUUAAAAUGUAUUCAGUUGCUGAUCGGUGUCUGAAUGAGAAAAAAUCCAGAAGGCCAGACAUUAAGAUGGUCCAACAGCAUCUACAAGAAAUAAAAACUUGAUACUUGUUUCUUCUGAUACACAAAUGUCUUUGAAAUGGAGUAGACACCAGUAGCAAAUAUUUCAUUAGCAUUUAGUGCAACAUUAUCAGCUUUUCUGCUUUCCAGAACUUUCUGGUCUGCAUAUAAGGUGUGCUGUUGGCCUGUCACCACUGUGCUAUUUUUGUAACUGAGCAGCCUUUUCACAUAGCCUUAGCCAUUGGGCCCUCAAUAUGAGAAAACUGGGUUUGUAUUAACAAAUAGCAGUGCUGGCGCAUCUUCUCCACAGCUUUUUAAAAGCAUUUCUGUAUUAGAAUCUUAUUUGAUUCUUUUAAUUUCCAAGUAUCAAGUAUGUCUGCUGCAAAGGCAUGUGACAGUAACAGAGUAGAAUGGUUUUUUCUGCUAAUUGCUUUCUUGAUCAGGUGUACUAGACAUUUUUCUAUUGAAGACAACUUUUAAUAGAUAUAGAUGGCACUUAUGUUGUCUUUUGGGGAAAAGACAUUAUUAGUACCUGUUUAAAACAAAAUUUAUUUAGCUUUUUACCUUGAGAGUUCAUAUGAGUGUGAAUGGACUGGUAGUGUUUGUGAAUGUGACCGUUUUUCAAAUGGGAUUAGUUCUUGGGAUUAGUUUUACUCAAAUAAACAUUGCAAGACACA